AUGAUUCUUUCGCUUUUUCCCCCUCCCUUUCCCAUGAUUCACUGUCUCUUUCCCCUCCUUUUCAUAUUAUUCUUUCGCUGUUUCCUCUCUUUUUCCUAUGAUUCAUUCUCCCUUUCCUCCCCUUUUCACAUUCAUUCUCUCUCUCUCUCUCUCCUCCUUUUUUUCAGUUUCUACUUCCACUCUUAUUUUAAACCUGAUUAUUUUUCUUUCUUUUUUCUUUUUAACGCUCUCCUUCUUCUCCUUUCUCUCUUUUCGUCGGAUACUUUUUCUCCUUUCCCUAUUAUUUUCUCCUGGUCUCUUCCCCCCCCUCAUCCUUCUUUUGUGUCCGUAUCCUCUUUCUACUUUAUUCUUCGUUCUCUUUAUUUUCCUCUUCCUUUACCUUUUACUUCUUAUUUCAUUUUUUCUUCCUAUCUUUCAAUAUCUUCUUUCUUCUCUCGCUUCCAUUCUUAUCUGUUUAUUUAA